AUAAUUUAUUUGUUAGUUACUGAAAAUAUUUUCGUUAAUACAAAGUAGUUGGUUGACUGAUAAGAAAGCAUAUAUUAUAAUAAGUGCGGUAUUCUUUCAUAAUAGUUUAAAAUAAUAAUAUAAUGUUAAAACUAAUUUAAACAAACGAAAAUCAUUAUUCAUUUAUAACAUUGGUUUCUAGAGUAAAGUAGGUACUGAAGAAAAAUUAUUUAACGUUGUUAAUAAAUUAAUUGCUAGAUUUUAUCAUUUAAUGUCCAAUAAAUUUAGCUCAGGACACAGGAUAAUAUACAUAAUGCAAUUUCGCUGACGAUCCUAUAAAGUUACGAGGAGAGGACAAAAAUAAUUUUUUAUGGUGGUAGGUACCGAUUCUGAAAGGUAAUACUUAAAUUGAGUACAAAAAUAAAUAUAGGUCUAUAAGCAAUUGCCCAUUAAAAAGUAAAUAAAAUAAAAUCAGCCAAGUUUCCCACCCCUCCCCUCACCAAAAAUCCACCCACUCGGCACGCCUCUACAUUUGUGGCAAUAUAGGAACGCCUCGCUAGUUUUAAAACACUACAUUUUUAGUAGGGAUCACGUCUACACUAUUUCACGAUUAAAGAUUAAUUUAUUUUAAUGUAUACUGUUAAGUGUUUUUGGAGAUUGUGAUCUUCAAUAUAUUUGCAUACUAUCACACAUCUGACGCCACCAUACAUAUUUAGGAUUUUCAAACUUUUCUAACAUACUGCACAUAUAUAAUACGCUGAGCACGGUUUAUAUAGGAUAUAUUGCGCAUGUCCAACUUUGUAUUUAAAAAUUACUAAAUUCAAUAAUAGAUUUUAAAUGAUGAUAUUAUUUAUAGGUACUUUCAAAAUGUCCAAGUUAGUAAAUUUAUAGGCAAGUACCCAUAGCAUUAAUAAAUUGUAAAUCAUCUUCCAUUGUAUUUUAAACUAAAAUAAUUAAAAAUUAUUACAAUAUUAGAGAAGUUUAAUUUUUAGAUUAAAGCCCUCGUUCUUAUAUUCAGCUUUCUUAAAUACAUUUCAUCAACUCUCUGCUAUUUAUCAGAUGGAUGACCGACCAUUUGUCAAUUAAAAAAUAUGUAUAAAUUAAACUAGGUCAUAUUAAAAUUGAAGUGCAUAUUUUGUAAUACCUUUAAAAUUACUGUCAAGUAUGAUACUAUACUAUACAAUGGUACACAUACAUAGUUUCGUAAUCCUCUCAGGUCGUCUAAGAGUAACUUGUCGGUUUUCGACAGCUGUCUUUUUCUUUCAUACCAUCCCUGUUAUUUUGACGUCGAAGAAGUUUUUUUAUUAUAAGGCUGCAAAAUAUGCGUAGGUAGACCAUAAUUUGAAAACAGCUGUUACAGAUGCACUUGAGUUGUAAUAUUAUGUAUAUCUACUUAAGUUUCAUAGAAAAUAAAAAUAAAUAUACUUGAACUGUAGCGUUUCGGAAAACAUAAACCAUAGAUGUUCGGCAAAUUAAAAAUUUAAAUUCAUAUUGACAUCAAGUUAAUUAAAUUUUGAUUGUUUUUUCAAAGGGUAUUUUUUUUUACCAGAUAAUUUAUUCCACCACGGAUAUUUUUAUUAAAUUUUAAUCAACCGACCACGAGUGACAUAAAUUGUUAUUAAAUUAUUGAUAUUGUUUAUAGAGUUCUUUACAUGCACAAUUUAUUGUACUCGUUGUCAUUAUAUUUUAGUAUUUUAUAAUUUUACUUAAUUUACUGAAUUUUAAAAAAACUUCCUACGUAUUCAUCAACACAUAACUAAUGGUAUUAAACACAAAUUAUUUUAAUAUAAUUAUCUAUGACGUCAUUAUACCAAAUUGCAUCUCACGAAAAUAAAUAUACAACGAUGUACAAGCUUUCUACAUGAUUUGUCCAACCACAGAAAAUGUUUGUUCCAAUAUCCUGUUUAUCUGGACUUUAUUAAUUCACUUUUAAUAUAAUGUUUGAUAUUUGUAAAACAAAGUUCCUAACGAAAAUAUUCUGCUUUACGAAAUUCGUAAGAUUUCAUAAUCGAACCUUGUCUCACGUUUCCCGCGGGGACACUUAUCUGACUAGGUGGUCACGUUAUUGUAUAGGUAAUGCACAAAUAUGCGUUUCAAAUACAUAUUUUUCAAAAAUCUAUCGGUAAAAUUCGAGUCUGUUAGAUUAAAGUUUAAAAAAAAUACCACUCUGUACAGGAUACCGGCACGAAUUCGACAACGGACUUCGUGUGGCCGUUGUCAACUCACCAUUGCGGCGCAGGAGACUUCGACACUAAAGGACGUUCUCAGACUGCUGACGGUGAUGCGUGGUACCCGCGGGUGGUGUCAUCCUACGGGAUCACCGAGAGGAUCAACUGGUCACGACAUCUGAAAGUGGACGCUGACCACCGAUCACGACAGACGCCGGCCACCGCCGUCUGGUGGACGCGACCGGUGCAGUCGGCGGGACACGACUAUUACGGGAGCGAGGACGUGGACGCGGCGUUUCUGCGGCGGAAACCUGUUUCGUUCGUGAUAUUCGGCAAGCCCGGUCUGGCUGACGACAGGCUGGCCACUAUGCUGUCCACGUACUGGGGAUGCAUCCACGUGUCCGCGGCCACCGGGCUGCUGGCCGCCAGCCACCGGCCGGACGACCUGACCGGUUUGGCGUUGCGACGUGGCGAAGCGGUAAAUGCCGCGGGUACCGCCUCACUACUCAUUGGCCUUUUGGGUAUCGGAGGUACUGAAGUACAGGAACGGGGUUACGUGCUUACCGGAUUGCCCAGGUAUAUCUGCAAUCAUUUAUCUAAAAGCACCCAAGUCCUUUAACAUCUAAUAGGUAUCUGAUCCAUUUAAAAAAAAUGAUGGUCAAACGAUCACAAAGUUAGCAAUAAAUACCACGGUGACCUAAAUUCACGACCUUUAGGCUACGUUUGAUCAAGUCAUUUUCGAAGUGUAGAAGUAUAUUGCAAAACAUUGCUUCCCUAAAAUAUUUUAGAGUACUAUUAUAUUAUAUAAUAGUAUUACUAUAUUAUGUUGGUAGGUACUAACUUGAUGAUUUUUUUUUGUUUUUGUCUUACAACAGACACGAUCCGGAACUGAGUGCGUGUGAGCAAAUGGGUGCGGUUUUCACUACGAAUCCACCUGACGUAUUAAUUUAUAUGAGUUGUCGGAACCAGGAUUUAAGCCAGAUACACAAUGGACUGACUUUAGAAUCCUUGGAACAAGAUCAUCUCACGCAAACGCUACACCUGAAUGACGUGGAGUACAACCAGAGACGAGUACAUUGGUACAAUAAGUCAUUUAUAAACAAGAAGAUGAUUGGACUGGAUGUGAAGGAUUACGAAAAUUAUUCGCUGGAGAUAAUCGACGAAAUAGUCAAGCAGUUCGAUCCAGCACGCGUGAUAACCUUGGAUGGCAGAAAACCCGUGGAAGAAUUGAUGGAAACGAUUAAAGCGAAAUUAAUGACGAUGUCACUGCAAUACACAGUAUUACCGAAAAUCGUGAAGUUCCAGGAUAAAUUAGUUUCGUCCGAAGACUACGUGUAUGACGGUUUCGAGUUAUUCGAAUCGGAAUCGACCGAAGCGGAAGCUGUGGCCAGCAGUGAUGAGGAGCGAGCAAGCGAUACGAUGACCCAAUUACGCGACGAACAUUUACAACGUAUCAAUGAUCGUAACGAGCAAAUACGUGUAACGUCUGAAUUCGGUCGUCUGUGCCCCGUGAACUAUUUCAACGGUCGAUUCAUAAUGGGUAGUGACCGUCAUUGUAUGAAGUUUAUGGGAAAAUCAUACUACUUUGCCGGACCCGACGAAAUGCAAUCGUUCGGUAAAUUCCCAAAACAAUUUUUGCAAAUCCCAGAAUGCCGAAUACCGAUUAGAGCCAUGUUCUACGGUCCACAGACAUUGACGAAUCCGGCUGCAAAGGCUGUACGUAAGUUCUUUGGUUAUAACCUGAUAGACGUUGGACACUUAACACAGAUACACGAAAAAGACACAAGACACGCGUAUUCGACUGCGAUCGUCGGUUCUAUACUUAAAACCGCACGAGAGAUCAUAAGACCGAAAGAAAUUCGACCUAAUGACAUCAACACUAUGCGAAUCGCAAUUGCUGAUUGGACACGUUUACGGUUUGAUUUUACCGUUCAAUCUGAUUUAAAAGGCAUGGAAGACGAAGGAAGUGAACAUGAAAUGUAUGAAGAUUUUUCACAUCUAAAAAAACAAGACGUGAACGAAUUUUUCAAAAAGAGGCAAUUAAUGCGACUAAAAAACUACUUUGAAUCGUAUGACAUAGAUUUUUUAGAUGAUUUAUAUGAAUGCAUUCGUGUUUACGAUGCACCAGAAAGCCUGACAAAAUAUUUCCAAAAUAUGUCAAAAAAAAAUAGAAAGAUUUUUAGGUCCAGCUUCAUUAACACAAAAAAAAAUAUUCAACCUGAUUUAAUAAAUGUUGUUGUUGAUACUGUACGAAUAAAAAACCAGCAAAACAUAAAUUGGAUUAUAGUUAACGCACCAUUAGAUUUUGUAUUGGUGAAAAAAUUAAUCGACGAAGGCCUUAAUCCAAUCCAAAUGGUAUUUUUUCAUGACUCUGAUCCAAUGCACAACGUAUUACUAUUGAAUGACGAGAUAUCCAAUAACUAUCGAAAUAACUAUGAGAAGAUUUUAGAAAAUGUGCAAAAUGGUAAGAGAUAUGGAACAGCAAUUGAAAGAAUAAAAUAUCCAGAAUUUGUCAAAAAAACUGAAAACCCGUUAGAUAUUCCUAUAACAGAAGAAGAGUUUUUUGAAGACGAAAUUGAAACUGCCGAAUAUGAGGAAAACGUGGUGUUUAACGUUAAUUACAUAAGUCACGAUCAUUUAAUGGAAAUAAUCGUUCCAGAAAUAUCUGAGCGAUUAAAUCAAUAUACAGAAAAUCUUCUCGUAGAAUGGCAAACUCUAAAACACCACAUUUCUAAAGAAACAGACCAGACCAUGAAUUUUAAUAUUAUAGUAUGUAAACCCAACUCUACGACAAAUUUGCUGAGAUUAUUAAUCGAAGACACUUUAUACUAUAUAAAGAAGUUUCGGACGGACAAUGUAUACGACGUAUCCACAUCAGAUAUCGAGGACGCUGUACCCACUAGAGGAAAGUAUGAUGGCGAUACUUCCAUUUAUUGCCCCGUUAGGUUUGCAAAAGGUAAACUCUCUAUUGGAUCUAAAAAUCACAUGGCAGUUUAUCAUAAUAGGUAUUAUUACAUGAGCUCAUCCAACGAUCUCAAUGAUUUUAUUUCCAAUCCUAAUAAAUAUACAUUGUUUACUAGUAUCCCAAAAAUGUAUCCUAAACCCAAGGUAUCUUUACUUUUUUCAUUUGGUCUCAGGUCAGUAGAUUUUAUCAACGAAAUAUUAGAUACAUUUAAUUUGAACCUUGUAGACUCGUAUAAAGUUUUUAUACAAAAUGUUUUACCAAAAAAUAUGCCAAUGGUGGGUAAAAUGUAUGAGGAACCGACGCUUAGGGAAAUUUUGGAUAAAUAUUUUAUUCCUGAAAAUCAAAAGGAUAAUAUUAACAGUCUGAGAAAGUAUAUGGAUAGAGAAAGUGUUUACUUAAAAGACGAGGACUGGUUCAAAAUGAAUUCGAUAUUUUUUCAAGCUAAUGAAGGAAUAUGCUAUACAAAUUACCCUAAAAAUUUGACGGAAUUGAAGUAUUUAAAAGAAAAUAAAAUAAAUCCUGAUAUUAUUAUUGAAGUAAAUCCUGAAACAAACGUUGCAAAAGAACACGCCACCGCAUCAGUCAUUCAAAAUUGGUUAACUUACCAAUAUAAAUUGAUCGACAAGAUCAUUGCGCGGGAUAAUGAGACAAGGCGAGAUUCUGUUAAUAACAGAUCGAUAUUCUUUCAACAAAAACUAUCGGAAUUAGUCAAACAAAAAGAAAUCGACAGACUUAAAAUUCGUUUAGAGCGUAUAAUCAAAAUGAUUGCCGUGGAAACAACGAUAGAUGGACCGAACGAGGUGAAAUACAUAUGUGACAAGCAGAAUCAACAAUUGGAUAAGUCUUUCCGCAAGUCUGUAUUGACCCCAACAACGAAUUUAUUGACCAGAUACUCUGAACUCACAUUGAAACAGAAAAAAAUCAUCAUUGACCGCGGAUUGGACGUCAACGAUUUCAUCGAUUUGGACGAUUUUGUGACAUUGGACGAAAUCGACGAGAUGGUCAACAACAAAUUCCCCGACGACAAAUACAUAAUAUCCCAAUGUUUUUUGGAUGGCUUUGCAUUCCCGUCGAACGACAUGAUCGAUCAAUACCUGGACGUGGAGAAGAGUGCACUGGCGGAUAUGCGAGAAUUUGCCAAAAAGUCCAACAUCCCGUGGAUAACAGUGCCGGGUCCGGACUCCCAGUCGGCCGCGAUGAGCAAAAUCACCGAGAUUUUGGGGACGAACACCGACACACCUUUCGAGUCGACGUACGAAGUGAAUCUGGAGACCGCUGAGGACAUGUUGCGUGCCGGCGAAGUGCACCUGAGCCAGUUUGGCCGGUGGUGCCCGGUGCAGGCGGUCCGGGAGGGUUCAGCCGACCCAAGCAUCAGACAGUUCUGUCCAGACUUAGCGGACGGCCACGUCCACCCAGUUGUUCACCGCAAGUAUGUGUAUUACGUGGCCGGUGGCCCAGAGAACAGGGACGAUUUCUCACGGCAGCCUCUGAAAUACGUGCUUAGACAGUCCGAGAUUCCACCGUCGCCAUCGAGUUUCCCACUUAAGAUUGCGGUGGUCGGGCCACCCGGAAGCGGGAAAUCGCGUUGCGCUCAAGAACUGUGCUUCCGGUUCGGGCUGCAGCUGAUCCGAAUCGAGGACGCCAUCACCACGUACCUGACGGAGUACCAGUGGACGGACGUUGCGAAAACGGCCAUAGGUACGCUGCGACGGGGUGACGCGUUGUCCGAAGAAGCGUUGGCUGAAGUUGUGACCACGGCCACGUUUGGCAACCAAGCCACCACGUGGGGUUAUGUGAUCGACGGGUACCCAGUGACCGAGAAGCAGUUCAAGCUGUUGGACGGUGCCGGCGUCAUGCUGCACGUAGUUUUCGUUCUGCAAGAGGAUGGUCGACUUGAAGAAAGUCUCGACGACGACACGGCGUUAUUGCGGCUCAGACGCGGUGCUUGGAGAAGGGUUUUUCCUGGUCUACCAUGGAUAUCGGCCCGGUACGGGAAUGCUACCAGUUUCGCAGCCACUGAUACUGAUGGGAUGGCCGCGGCUGCGUCGGCGUGUGUCCGGUCGAUGCUCGCGUACCGAACGGACGUUUGUUGCAACCGCCCGAGCCGGCUUUACGGCGUGCCGGUAACGGAUCGCGAGUACGAGUGCAGCCUGAGCAUGUACCUGGAUCUAUGCCCGGUGUGCAAGGUAGAUUGCGACCGCUUGACCCGGUCACCAAACACAGCUACCAUGAGACGUUUCUCGCUACAGUAUCUGGCAUACAUCUACUGGACGUGUGGCCCGGAACACGAGGCCGCGUUCAUUGGUGACCCGGAUCGGUACGCCAACGCGGCACCCGUCACGCCCUUCCCGCAUCCGGUGGCCACCACCGACGGCCUGCUAUCUCUUAACCCGUACUUCCGGAACAAUCUAACGUCUGAGUAUUGCGUGGUGUGUGCGCUGUCGUGCCUGUGGUACCCUGAGUAUAAGCGCGGCCACCCCGAUCUGAUGGUCACCUACGGUAACCGCGCAUACACGUUCUGUUCGUUCCAAUGCAAGCAGGCGUUUUUGCGGCAGCCGACCUUGUACGCCGCGUACACGAUGCGCGUCAGUGGUCCCGAAAGGUCACUGUCGUCGUCUCCGCGCCCCCUGGACCAAGACUUCAUCGAUGGCCUACCCGUACCUGGCUACCUGGAACAGACCGUGGCCUCUCACGUGAGUUCGGCGCUGGUCGAGCUGUCAGCCAUCAAGCCUGUGUACCCGGGCCUGACGCCCAAGGUCUCUGCCAUGGUGUAUUUAGGUCUACACAUUGGUAUGAACGGAAGCUGCGACAAAGACGUGGCCGAGUACUACCGCAACGCUUUCAAACGGUUCGUUGAUACUUGUCAAAGUUUCAAAAUUGAGGCAUUCAAAUUAAAAGCAUUGAUGUGAAUAAAAUUGUAAUUAUCUUAUUCCCACGAUCUGGAUACAUAAAAUGUGUGUUUUAAAAUAAUACUAAUAUUGUAAUAAAGAUAUAAAUCAAAAUUAUAAAUUGUACAAAAGAUAUUAACAAGGGAUGAUUCAUUACGAAGAUUAUUAUAAUUCAAUAAUAAUCCCAACUAAAUUAUGUGCACUUUUUUGAACUUAUAUCGAUAAAAUAACUAAAAUAACAACAUAUACCAGCGGGUCUUAAUCUUUUAACCAUGUGGACCCUGAAGAAUGACUUUUUAAAACCACGACCCCCUCCAGGCCUCCCUUUAAAAUUUCCUUUGGAAUAAACUUUUGUACUCUGAGCGGAGCCAUGAAUUUAUCGAUUUUAUAAUAAUAUGUGUCUGUGUUUUUUUCCGUCUAUCAUCUCCUUUUAGGGAACUAAAAAUGUUACGAUUUUCUAAUUUAGAAUCUUUUCUGAUAAGAAAGUGAAUCGAGUUGGUACUUUGAGAAAUUAAAGGUAAAAAUUUCCAGUAAAAAAAUUAAGAAAAAUGGGAACUUUAACGCAAAACUAAUUCCAAUUUCCAUUAGAUUAACCUUUUUUAGAUUUUAAGUGGAGUGGUUCCUUAUAAAUAUUUUUACAAUAAAUCUCAUAUUAAUUAAGAUAAGAUAUACAAAAUUAGAAAACUAGUUGAGAUAACUCCUAGUUUAAAGUAAAAAUAUACCUUCAAAAUUUAUUCUCAACAAUUAUUGGAUUAUUGCACGCAUAUGUAUAUGUAAGGCACCGCUGUCCCUCGGCAUGAGUGCCGCAAACUCCCAAGUGGCCAUAGUCCACUGUUUAAAAACCACCAUUGUAAAGGUAUCAAAUAAAAAGAAAUUACGAAAAAACAACAAAAGUACUUGAUAUUUAAACAAUAUUAUAUUCAACUAUUUAUAAUGUUUAUAAUUAGUUCAUAAAUUGAUUUAGAGUUUUUUUUUUAACAAUAAUACUAUAACAUGGGUAUUAUUUAUGUAAAAGAAAGAAUAGUGAUGGAAGUUAUUUAUCGUAGGCAGUUUUAAAUCAUCGACUUAAUAUUCAUAACACAUCGAAUCAUAAACGCAAGCCCUUAUAAAAUCAAUGAGGCGCUGUAAGUUAUAAGGCCACUUUUUUAGUUUGAAGCACGUAAUAUUUUUCUUUAGAUCUUUGAGUACGAAUUUUAAUACGACAUGGCACGGGCCAGUUUGCGAUUCGAUUUCAAUGGAAUCUAAGUACGUGAUGAAUGUAUUAAUGUUAUUAUUUGAUAGAAUUAAAUUCUUCUCGUAUUAUAGUUGAACGUUUUAAAUGUUUUAUAGAAAUAAUAUCGAAAAAAUAUUAUUACAAUAAUAAUAAUUUAUCUCGUCUUUAAAAAAAAAAAUGAAUUAAGGGGAUGUGAAAAAAUGUUAAGGACUGCAAUUGAUGAGUACUUAUAUGUAAAGGCUUGAACGGGCUUAAUCGGCAACGCUGUUUUUACAACACGCUGCCAAACCAGAUUCCUACCGGAAAUAAAAAAACUAACAAUAGCCGCACUUUGCACUCGGGAACAAAUGACAGCAAUUAUUAUACAGAGCUUGCAGUUUUAUCUCGUUAGACGGUGCAUUUUAAACGUCACGAGACAGACGGUCUAGGGCCGUCGAGAAUAGACCGUUUUCGUGGUGAAAUACAAUUAAAUUAUAUAAUAAUAAUAAUAUGUCGACUAUAAUAAUAAUAACAAACACGCUAAGCGACAGAUACGAUACAAAAUAAUAUAUCGAUUGUACGACUGCGUUCUAUCGCACGUCACGUCGAAUUGAACUGUACCUCCAUCAUGAUAUUGAUAUUAAUAUAAAACUAUACAGCACAACAUUAUACAUUAUAUUAUUAACAUCGUUAUUUCAAUAUUAUUAUUAUUAUUAUUAUUAUCAGGCAUAAAAUUAGGUCGG